GCGAAAAGGUGCAAGAUUCCAUCGGGAUGGAGACGCUUUUAGCGGUGAUCGAGGAAUUGUAUCUCCUGAACAAGCGGUUCACUUUGGAGCGUAUUCAGCGGGUAUGGGAGACGUACAGACGCUGGAUGAACCCACACAUGAUGGACGGGGGGUACUCCCUCACGCUCGGUGAGUUUCUGUACAUCGUGGAAGUGUCGUCCGCCACGGACAUCGUCGAAGCGCGGCGGUUGUUUGAUCGAAUGAAAGUCUUCACGCCGACAAACGGUCGCGAGCAAAUGGAUCUGCUCGAGUUCUUGCUUACGUUUACCGUGCUCUGUCGGGGGUCGUGGGAAAAGAAGUGCCAAUUCAUGUUCCACCUCAUGGACCUUGACAUCGAGGACGAAAUCUCCGAAAGCGAACUUGCCAUGCUCAUCACGAUUGUGUGCGACGGCCUGCGCAAGUUCCGCGUGCUCGAAUGGAUGCCGUCUCUUCAAGAUGUCAUGCCAAUCGCUGCCCGUGGGUUUCUCCACAACGAGAUCGGGUACGGGUCCAAGAUGAACUUUAACCAGUUCCUCAAUUGGUGCGUCUUUCACGCCGACCCGCAGAACCUCUUGGAUUACAUCAGUUGUGGCUAUCGUGUGCGCGCCCUAGUCCAUGGCAUGUCGUCCUUCGUCCACGAAAAGCAAAUCUUCUUGGCGAGCGAUCCGUACUACCUCUAUCAGCUCGGCUUGCAGCCGGGACAAGCCCCACAAAGCAACGUUCGCGUUGUGUGUGGUCCUUUCGUCGGACAAGUCACUGCGCAGGAAUGCCGCGUGCUGUACGAAUUCAACGCGGCGCCACUGACUUGCGUCAAAUGCUGCGCCUUCCGACGCGACCUCGCGCGACGCUUGCCAUCGGACGUGGGACCAUCGCAUUUCGUCUUGGACGAAAGCAUUGAACUUCGCGUGACGCCGUUCGUACCGUUAAUAGCUCACUUCAAAGCGUUAACACCGGCCACGACCUAUAUCAUUUGCCUCAUGGGAGGUGUGGCACAAACCGAUUUGAAAGCCGCGGUGGCGCAAGUGACAACGCCCCCCGCUCCAACCUCUUCCCACUCUGGAGCGUCCAUCUUGUUUUUCAAUCAUUGGAGCCCACACGGCAUUUCGUCGCCGACAACGUGGACGCACAGCGAGGACCUUUCGUACGACACAGCGCUUCACACAACGUGCCGAGCUCCACCCCUGUCUCCCACCGUCAGCAUUCAUUGGAACGUGGGAUGCUUGACACCUCGCACUGUCUUGGACAUCCUGCAAUCCCUUUCCGCACCACGACUUCACUUGGAAGAUGCGGUGAAAACUCGCUUAGCCAACCAUUUCAGAGCGUCGCUAGCGGCCCAUCACGCGUUGUAUCGCGUCUCGGCCAACCUUUUGGUCACGUCGUGGCGCCACGUCAUGUACGGUCUUUUUUCGCCAGAAGACUCGACGAUGCUGAGUCAGAUGCCGCGGCAUCAAGUUGAAUGGCUAGAAUCAACCGUGCGCGACCUCGUUCUUUCGUACACGCGCGAUCUGUGGCCACCAGACACAGACUCCAUCACGUUCGGGAGAGAUCUCGUGGUGCUGAUUCAAACGUCGCCACAAGAUGAAAUUGCUAGCCGCCUCAUGGCACAUCAAAGCUCGGGAACAACCAUCCUGUUGACUGCGGCUCCGUUGCUGUCGUUGCGCUCAGUCCCGUCCGCCGCCGCAGACCUCGUUGAAACCUGUAUGGCAUGGAAGCUGCAGUCGAUCGCGUCCCGACUCGUGGUGGUGUCACCAAGCGCACCGUUUUCGCCAGGUUACCACACCAAAAUCUCACUAGAAAACACGUCCGCCUCGUUCGACCACGUGGUCUGUGGAUCGGUUCGCCCUUUUCAACCGUUUUCGAACGACACAAAGUCGCUGCCGUCGUAUUCGUGGGGCAAGUUCUACGUCGACGCAAUCGACGUGUGCGAGGGAACCCAUCUUGGGUCAGUACACGUCGAGCCUCCGCACAUGGAAAAGGAUCUCCACGAAGCCGAUGCUGUGGUGGUCGGAUUAGUAGGCACCGAGCCGGCCGAGCCUUUACAACUGCUCGUUGGCCCCGUCGUUGGCCAAGUUACAGCGUCCGAAGCGUCUGUUCUGGUCGAAGUGAAUCGAGACGUUGUGUUGGUGUGCCGCGUGAUCGAUCGCAUCACGCAAUUCACCAUCACUUGCCAUGUACGGACCAUUCCGUACCGCCCUGUUGUCGUCCACGUCAGCAACUUGCAACCGCAACGGUGCUACGACUUUUGCAUUCAAGGACUGCCAUCCCACGCUACGGCUACAUUUCACACAAGACCAGUUCACGCGCCCGCGCUGCACCUCACAUGCGUCUCCCACGAUCGUCUUUUUCCACGAGAUGGCCAAACCCCUCCGUUUACGAUGCCUGCGUCAGCAUGGCAAGAGUUGACAACGAAUGAAUUGACGUUUCCGAGCUCGGAUGCAACGGUGUACGUUGGCCAGCACGUGUCGACCCACGACGCAGCCGACGAAGCCAUGGCCGUGUGGAAGUCCGACCCCGACAACGUUGACGCCAUCUCGGCGUGCUUUCGACACGCAAUUCGCAACCAUUGGCGAGAAAACAGGACCGCCCUGUGCCGUGGAAGCCACUGGUUUAUCGGGGCCGGGUGGGAUUGGACUCAGUACACCACGUUGCAUUUGAGCCGCCGCGUGGUUGAGUGUGCCGAGCGCGUCGCGUGGGAGUACCAGCGACAUACACAGCUGAGUGGCGCGGCGCUGCGGCGAUUCAGCUACCAUACCAUGAAUGGAGGCACGAUCGGAGUUCUUCAUGUCGACGUGCUCGAGAAUCGGCUAGCAACGACAAACGCAUAUUUGCAACACACCCGCCAACUGCUGAGCUCCGAGCAGUGGGCGCUUCUUGCCCAAGUGUUGGAUCCAUCGUCCAAGACAGCACACUGCCUCGUGAUCACGUGCGACAUCCCAGUCGUGUGGUACCUCGCACGCUCUGACGUGCGCCCGACAUUGCUGUGGCGAGAUUGGAUUAUGUACCCCGACGAAUUGUGCAAAUUGCUCCACAUGGUCGCCGCUUGGAAAGCCCAUAACCCAACACGCAAUGCGUUGCUCUUGUGUGCUGGGCCGUUGGGCGCCAAGACGACGAUUCGAGUGCAAGCGAGCGGUGUGGUCCUCGACCAAGUGGUGGUCGGGCCAGUGGCAAACCCUGUCCAAUCGACUCCCCCCCCCGAACGUGGCGUCCUGCUGGACCAAUUCGUCAUCGAGCACGCAUGUAGCACUGCAGACACACAAUACGUCAGCGUCUCCGUGGUGCCCCACCCAAAGCUCGCUCAAUUCCAUGUGCAUCAAACAGUGUCGCAUCAACCCACCGCCAAGGUGCUGGUGGGACCAGUCCUCGGCAAAGUCACGGCCACUUCCGUUCGCGUUCUGUUGGAGGUCAACAGCUCGGUGGAGGCUUGCACGUGCGUAUGCACAAACGUACUCACUCGUGAGCGGCACACAACGACGCGGAACAUGCCAGCAUGUUUACCUGCAGUCUUUACAGUGUCCGAUCUCGAGCCAGCGUCGCAAUACGCUAUCACGUUCGAGGGCAUUGCGUGGCCAGUGCACGAAAAGGUGACGACGAUUCAAACGCCCCCCAACCACCCGUUUGCGUUUGAUUGCGUUGUCGUGCACGACUCCAACUGGCGCAACCUCACGUCCUCCAACGAUGCGUCGGUGUGGCGCGACAUCUUGUUCAGCGCUCCUUUUCACGCCAAGCACGCCGCCGCGACGGCCACCGACAACGGAGAUGGUCUGAACCCCCCGGAAAACCUGUGGAGGGCAAUCCACGAUACCACGACGGCUCUUCCGCUUCGACGGCCGCUGCUGUUGAUGCACGUCGGGGCUCAAGCUCACGUGCAGCAUGCGUUCACAGACAAAGAACUCGUAGCACUGGUGCGAAGGAUGCUGGAGAUGCCCAAGGAUCAGUGGAGCGCCGUGCUGCGACCAGAGAUUCAACACCGGAUGCAGCAAGUCUAUCGAGUGCAAUGGAACAUACCCCCAUACAGCGACGCAUUGCGUGUGUGCGGCAAUGUCAUGUUGGUCGACGAAGCCGACCUGUUCUUUUCAGCGUCCUUGAUCGAAUCCAACUUUGACGACUGUCUUCCCGCCGUCUCCGAGGUACUCCAGUUCAUCCGAGACAUUGCCCAGUUUGUUUGGGUGCACUACCAAAACCAGCUCUGGAUCGACGUGGCCCCGGAGGACGCGUUGGCGACCCGCACCGCGAGUUUUGUGCAAUACGGCCAGUGCACAUUGGUUAUUCUCAACAAGAAUCCCCACCCUCCCACCGCCGUAAAUGUUGAAAACGCCCCGCCAGCCAAAACGUCCAAGCAAAACCCGACCAAGUCAGCCGGCAUCGACUUGACCAAAGUUGCCCAGGCCAACAACCUGCUUCCUCCUGCCGCCUGGUUGGCAUUGGACGAUGCGAUCGUCGCUGCCAAGCGCAACUGCAAGUUGCUGUGUGUUGUCGUGUGCUACGACCUCCUUGAGACGUCCAUGGCAUCCAUGUUUCUCAUCGGGGUCACACGGUUGCUGGAAAAAGUGUUUGACUGGAAGAACCAGCGUCUGGACGAUCGAGAUGUGAUCAUUCUCAUGCACAGCUCCACGACGACCGACCCGUACGUUGUCACGGACCAUCGGAGCCAUGCAACGCUUCGCCUUUUGCCCGUGGGAUCGAUCACGUCCACUCGUCGCCUGGACCCGCCAAGUUAUCCGAUCGAAGGCGGUCACUUUUCCAAGCGAUUUACUUUCGCCAGGGAGAAACACACAGGCCACGACGAUGUGCCUGCCCCGAGCAACGACAACCAAGCCGUGGAGCCGCUUGGCGGAACCAAAGGCUACGGACACCUCCACAUUACAUCCGACUUGAACGUUGUCCAGUGGUACCACGUGGGUUACUGGCUUCCCUUCACCAAGCCAUGCUAUGCCAUUUUGGGGCCGAUCCUCGGUCGCAUGCGCGUUGUCGAGCCGGACAACGAUGCGACAUUUGAAGCAGUCGUUGAGGUUUGCAUUGUCCUGGAAGUGAAUGCACCUGCCGCCAUCACGUGUGCGGUGGUGGACGUCCUCGCCAACACAACAGUGCGAUUCGUGCAAGUUGUGCAGCCCAACACCCCAACAACGUUUCGAUGCACGAAUCUUCGCCCCGCGACAAGAUAUGCUUACUCGUUUGAGGGCCUCGCCAAUCGAAACAAUCGCAAUGGAGUGUUCCAUACACCCCACGCCCAGAUGAACACUGUCAACAUUGUCGCUGUCAGCACAAACUUUCCCCAGGACCGAGUGACGACGACUCCCAACUUGUGGGAAGUCCUGCACCAUCGGAUGCAAGUGCCAUGGCAUGGCAUCGAUGUCGUCGCCCACGUUGGUGGACAAGCUCCAAUGCAGUCGGCUGCAAACGACUGUCUUCGCUGGUUGCAAGCGCAGCAAAAACCUGGCGACGCGGCAGUCUGGAAACAGCGCAUUCGCACACGAUUCCAGCAAGAAUAUCGCGCUGUGUGGAAUAUUCCAUUUGUCCGAUCGGUGCUGAGCCAAACGAGUCAGCUCAUGGUGUUGACCGCCUCUGACGUUGCGAGUUUCUUUGGGCGCACCAAGGCAUCCCUGGUCAAGGAAGGACGGUCCGAAAACGACGUAGCGCACAUGCAGCUCAUUGUGGCGUGUGCCAAGGACGUUGCCAGGAUGUACUAUGGCGCACUGGGGUGGCGACACGAUUAUGGGGCCGACGAAAACGCAAUGGACAAUGACGACGUGAACAAAGGGGAUGCCGACAGAGACACACCGUCCAACGAACCACAACCCGCAUCGAAGGAACUUGAUGCAGCUCGGACUCUCAACGGCGAAUACUAUGCCGUUCGGAUGGGGCUCGUGGCCAUGUUUAUUUUCGACAUGCGCGCGACAGAAGACGGCGAUAUCGUCACAUGCAACAAGCGAUUGACCGAGCCCCCAAAGGAGCGGCCCUUGAUUAGCGAAGAUCAGUGGCUAGCCUUCGAGCGCUUGUGCCGAAAGAAGAGCGUGCGUGUUUUGGUGCUCUUGAUGGAGUUUCCCCUCGUUCUAUCUGGCACCCCCUCAUCGUUCCGCGCGUCGUUCAGCGGAGGAGACGGUGGCGGCAUUCACGAUGGCCUGUACAACACGACGCACUUGGCGGCACAUUGGAUUGCAUGCCCGGGUCAGUUGCAUCAGCUCAUUUCACUCCUCUUUCGAUGGAAGGAGAAGAUCGACGGCCGCGACGUGGUCGUUGUGAGUGGAAACCUCCGCUUGGGCCUUGACACGUUCAUUCAGGAUGCCACGUCAUCCUUUGGAUUUCACAACUUUAGCACAGGGCCCAUCGGGGCGCCCGUGCAUCCCUUUCGCUACGAAGACUCUGGCACGAUCAUGGAGAAGCGGAUUUCGUUCGCCCAUCGCUUUGCCCCGCCGACACCAAACUAUGUUUUGGUCGAGAUUGCGCUCUUGGAGGACACGUUGCCCGAUCAAACAGUGACGCACAGCGCUCUGGUGAAUGGAGACGUGAUCCACACCGACAACGUUCGUAUCAUGCAUGACGCGAAGCGGCUCAAUCGAUGGCCAGACUGGUGGAAGCAGUUCUGUCCCAUGGCGGCAACGACGUUCUGGGCCGACUUGGUUCUCAAAUCGGUACCUCCCGACGUCCACACGUACAUCAGAGAAGGCACGGCCUUGACGAACAUGCUCAAGCCAUUGUAUGCCAAGUACAACUUUGUCGAUACGACAAGGAUGGAGGCGCUGCAGAGCACGCAAUCCCCCACCGCGGCGCGAGCGCGCUUCGAAAACGUGUUGCGAGAAGUGUGGUGUGACGUGCCUGCAUCCAUUCGACAGAUGUGCGCCGACGUCCGCGACCCAUUUGUCGUCGAGAUUGCGUUGGCUCAAAUUCAAGUCGACAUCGCCGGUCCCAUCGAUAUGGCGGCGUUUCAAGGAAUCUGCAAAGAUAUAUUGAUGAGCGCGGCACGGACUCGGGUUGCUAUGACACUGCACAUGGAAGAUGAAGAACAAGCGUUGGUGUUGAAGCGGGACGAGGUGGCAAGGGCCAGCGAACUCGAGCGGCGGCGCAAGAUUGGCAUCGACCAACGCCAGAAACAAGAGGAAGCGUACUUGGCAGAGCUCCAGCAGCGGUCGAUUCUCGAGUACGCCCAAGAGAAGAAUCGGUUGGAGAAAGCGCGACAAGAUACUGCUGCGACCGAGCGCGAGGCAGCCAAGGCGGCAAAAAAAGCGGCACGGGAUGCCGAGAAAGAGCGUCAGCGCGAUGAAGACCUGAGUAUUCGCAAGGAGAAGAGUGCUCUGAAACAGAUGAAGCAAACGUUGGACGAACAAACCGCAAGCGGGAACGCAUCCGAGGAGAGUGUGGCCAAGGAGAUGGAGUGGGCGAGGCGAAGCCGCAUGCUACAAGCGCGGAUACAACGACGAGAAGAACAAAAAUACCGCGAGGGCGUGCGGAAGGACUCGAAGCAAGCGAAGAAUAGCUCCGUGAGUUAGGGCAGAGUUUAUUGAUUCGAAUGGAGAGCUUCGCAUUCAUCAAU